AUGCCGAAAAGGUUCACCAUCACUGUUCUUUUAAAACCACCAACCAGAACCUGCCAACGAUAUCAACAAUUGAUGGAAGAGACUAUUCAUUUGCCAAGCUAUCAAGCUAAAUUGAGAGAAUGGAAGGGCUUUAUGGAAAAGAUGGCUAAUUAUACAGGGUUUAAAUCUGAGCAGCUGAGCCUGAGAGGCCUCUGGAAGGUGCAUGACACACUCUUCUGCCAGAAAACCCAUAACAUGACUUUGCCUAGCUGGGCUACACCGCAAGUUCUGGCAACUCUCUCGGAGAUAGAAGUGUUUAAUAUUGAAGCGCAUGUGGGGAUGCAUGCUGCCCAGGAGAAAGCUCGAUUCAUUGGAGGGUUGCUGCUGGGUGCUAUUUUGAGCAACUUUUCCAAAAUGGUGUGCCAGGACCUGCCUCUUAAGAUGAUAAUGUAUUCUGCUCACGACAGCACCCUGAUUGCUCUGCAGGCAGCCCUCGGGGUUUACAGUGGCCGCCCACCACCCUAUGCAGCUUGUCAUGGAUUUGAAUUCUACCAAGAAAGUAACAAGUAAGUUUAACAAAAGAAGGGUGGGCAGGUCUCGCUUUUGCAAGUGCCAAGAUGCAGACAUGGUUCAUUGCUCUCCGCCAUGUUCAGGACAAUAAGCUUAAAAGGCUGAGCACAUACAAAGCCUUGUAAAUACUGAACCAUAGGAUCUAAGGUUGGGCAGAUCACCUGGUGUUAAUUUGACAAACCAGAAGCAUACCUUCAGCUUGCAAAGAUGUCCAGACAGGGCAUUUAAAGGAGCUUAACUGGUCAGUAUCCUACAAACGAAAAAGAUGGUUUAACUUUUGCCUUUACAUAAUUAUAUGGUUCACUGAAGUAUGUUAAAAUGGAAAUUUUUGCACAACCUGAACUCGAGAAGAUAUUAAGAUUCUAGACAAAGCUCAUUUCCAUUUUGUCAUUUCAUUUUGCUCUUUCCUUUCUUACAGUAUCUUUCCCGAGCCAGACUUUGCAUCACUUUCAAAACCAUUUCCUUGCAGCAGAGCUGGCUGCCUUCAAACAACCUGUCAGCAAAUUUAGUUGCUGAUGCAUUAGUCAGACUGUAGCAUCACGAUAGAGAGGCUGAGGUGGCAGAACCUGAAUCUUUUCAAGGAUUGUGCAGCAGCAAAUAAAUAUAUCUUUUGGCAGAUACGCAAGGAGGUAAAGCAGGUUCCAGAGCGAUGUUAAAACUUUUAAAAUUUUCACAUUUCAGCUCUUUCAGCGUUGCCAUGUUCUACCGCAACAGGAGUGACCAGAGGGCCCAUAUCCUACCUCUGCCUGGCUGCCCCACACCUUGCCCAUUGCCACUGUUCAUCCAUCUCACCCGUACAGCUGUCCCAGAGGACUGGGAUACCGAAUGCCAAAACCCUCAGAGCGGUCCAGGUAAUGAGGUCAUCUUCCCCCUCCCCCCUUAGCACAGAGCUAGUUAAUCGAAACUUUUAAGCCUGAUCAGAUAUUCUAUUUGCAGGGCGUGCGGUGAUCGCCCUGGCUGCAGCAGUAGGUGUGCUGAGUGUGGCACUGCUUGGCAUGGGUGCCUUGUAUUGGAGGAGGUGAUAAUGAAGAUAAGCUGAAUUGGCAACCAUCCAAACCCCAUGGAGCAAGAAGCAAACUGCCUUUUUGUAUUUUUUUUUAAAAAUGUGGUGCAAUGCAGCCAUCUCAGCUAGCAUUCUAAUUGGGAGAAUGUGACAAAAGAGGGGAGCUGACAAAGACUUUGUGCCAGGCAGUUCCUCACCAACUACUUGGAGGUCAAUGCCAGCAGGAAAUUCAGCACAGGAUGUUACUAGGAAAAGGAAUGCAAAGCGCUUAGCUGAAAUGCCAGUGUUAAAUCUAUGGCACAACCGUGUUAGAUUUUAGCUCAUAAACUACAUGUCCUGCACUCAAAAUUCCUAGAUGCUUCCUCCUUUUAGGUUUGUGUGUCCAACUCAAUUAAGGUUCACCGAAAUACACUGCAUCAGCUUGAUAUUGUCCCCACUUAUUUCUCCCUGUCACACCCAAUAUUCCAUAAGCUCUGCACUAAACACAGGGAUGGCUUCAUUAUGUCAUUCCUGUUCCCACUCAACGCUGCACUCAGUAGUUUGAGAAGGUUGCUUUGGCCAAAAGACCCUGCAUUUUCAUGCCUUUAAUAAUUUCUCACCACCCAGCAGGAAAACUGGAUUUUACUUUACACAACAUGCAUACAACAAUAGAAGGAAAAUUUUAUUUAGUAGUUUUGGGGUUAAAACUCCCUAUUUCAGUACUGAAUUACCAGAUUCACAGAACAUACUGUAUAGGACACGACUGUUAAGCUAAUGUGCAAAACCUAGUUAACUGUUGCACUAUACCCAAUGCUGCAAAGAUAAGUCGGUUUCACCCACCUAUUCAAGGAACAAGUUUCCUAUCAAUAAAGGAGGCAUCCUGGGGGGAAGGGAACCCCAAACCCAUUUCAAAGAUCAUGUUCUUGGGGUCCACCUGACAUAAGGCAAGUUUAGAAAGCAAAGGGAAACAGAGCAGUUCAAUGGCAGGACUACCCACUAGUGCAGUUGAAGUUGCCAAGUUUGGGAACCACUGCACUAGUAGUAUAGCAUAGCUAAUUUUGACAUCAAUGAACCAAAGGCAGCUGCUACUUUCCCAUUACUGAAGGACAUCAUUAUGGAUACCUCAUUCAUACAUUUAGUCUUUCAAUAGGAAUAACCACCUCUUUUAUUUAAGGUCAAUAAGCUUGUUUGCAGACAAGCUGCAUGAAAAAUGUACUUUAGUUAUUUCAUUUGUGACUAAUGCUUGCAGGUGCCAUGAACUCCCAAGAGAUGGCUAUAUUGUCUCGCCUGGGAUCUCUAAGGGAACACAAAUCCAUGAAUACAGGGAACGGGAAAGAUUGCAAACAACCAAUUGUAUGGAAAGGCAGUGCCCUUGAAAAGAACAUUGCUUGGAAAUUUUCUGAUUGGGCAGCUGUAAUACAUUUAAUGGGCCAAGAUCACCUUCCAAAAAUGUAACUGCUACAUUUUGCUGCAAAUCGAAGAUUCUCCCCGCUCUGCAGAGUAAUUUUUGCUGUUCCUUUCCCAGCCACUGAAUUUGGCUGCUUGACCCAGUUCUAAGUAGCAUCUACAGCAGAGGUUCACCACCCAUUGCAUCAUAUGGUAUUUUAAGUAAGCCGCACAGCUCUUCCCCUUUUUCUGGUACUAAGAGCAGGGGUAAGAAUCAGAAAAGAACACUUGGAAGAAAGGAGUUCGAACGUACCCCUUUUAAGAAGGCAUGCUUUACAGCAGCAUUACCAGCUAGUGUUUAUUCAGAUGGGUGUGCGUAUAAGGUUGCUGCUGGAGUCCAAAGUUAUCACAAGUAUUUUGCAGUUUAGUAGUAUUACCCUUUGCAGCUUUAACAAACAUAGCAAAGUUAUUCACCAAUUAAUGAAAUAUUUAUUGUGUAAGAGAGUAAAGUAAAUAAACCCCCCACUGCUUUCUAAUCGGGAUCUGAUAAGCCUCUCACUUCUGCAUGAAAAACAGAAUAAGGGGCAUAAUGCAUAAACAAUGCCAAAUCCCUCCCAUUCCAAACAC